CCCUCCCCGUUCCCCUCCUCCUCCACCGCUAGGUCAUCCCCCAAGUAGAAACUGAAGCCCCGCCCCUAGCAACCAAACAUCCAAUAGGAGGAAGGAGUUCAGUUGUUAAGGCAAACUGUGGCCGGCAACAUGGCCGAGGCCGGUAAGGAGCCUGACGACUCCCGCCCACUUUACCAGGGCUCGACGCGGAGGAUGGUGCGGGACGGUUAUGGGCACUAUAUAUAUCCAAAUACUUUCUUCCGGUAUGAAGGAGAAUGGAAAGAUGGAAAGAAACAUGGCCAUGGAAAAUUGCUGCUUAAGGAUGGAAGUUACUACGAAGGUGAUUUUGCAGAUGGUGAGAUCAUAGGAAAGGGCCGGCGUUAUUGGGCAUCAUCAGGAAACACCUAUUCUGGGCAGUUUGUUUUAGGUGAACUUCAAGGGCACGGGAUAAUGAAAUACAAAGAAGGUGGCAAAUAUGAAGGAGAAUUUUUAAAUGGAGUGAGAGAAGGGCAUGGGUUCCUCAUGGAUAAAAAUGGACAUAUAUACCAAGGCUCAUUCCAUAAAAAUAAAAAACAUGGAGUAGGACAGAUGAUCUUCAAAAACGGUGAUAAAUAUGAAGGAGACUGGAUUCUGGACCAGCGACAGGGGCACGGGGUGCUGUACUCUGCUGAUGGAUCCACUUACGAGGGACAAUGGCGAAAUGGUGUAUUCAAUGGUCAAGGCCUCAUGAUUCAUUGCUCUGGAACCAUCUAUGAUGGCCUGUGGAUCAAUGGCUAUCCAACAACUCAAGCCUCAAAAAUUGUGAUUUUGGGUCCAGAGAUGGUUUCGGUGAUCCAGGGAUCUUCAAUCACCUUACGGGUUCAGCUCCAAACCCAGGAUGGGGAAAUUGCAGAAAGUGAGACUGGCAGAGUUUUAAAGAUCGAGGCUGGAGUCCGAUACGUGCAGCUGCAGGAUUUCUCAUAUUUCAGCUUUUUCAAGGUGACUGGAGAUGCUGAGGUGAAACCGAUCCAAACACCCUUCGGAUUUGAGUGCAUUCACUAUCCUCUGAUGCUUCCCGUGUCUGCGAAGCCAGAGAUGGACACUUCCAAAUCAGAACUUCCUGAAGAUACUUCCGAUUUCCAAAAAGAGGAUACAGAGAGAGAAUCCCUGUUGGAAUCCCUAUUGGAUGAUGGAAAAGAUGAUUCUGAUGACCUGGAUGAAGACCCUCAUCUGAUCUCAAACCCGGUGAACCCGAAUUUCUAUUCUCCACAUUAUCAGCAAGUUGAUCGUGGCUACGCUUUGUUUCCUAAUGUCCGUCUUGCCGCUCCUCCCCCAGAAUACCAUCCCAUGACAUUCAUAACCAACAAGAAUGAAGACCAAAAGCGAGAUGGCACCCGAUAUUCUGAGAAAAAGGGUAAUUCGAAGAAGAAGAUGCUACGAGGCAGGCCUAAAUCAUCGGCCCAACGGAGUGCAAGCCAAUCCCCAUCACCUUCAGGUUCUUCGUUGCCAUAUCCAGGUGAAUAUGUCAUCAUGGUGCAAGAGACAACCACGCCACCUUUUCUAGGCCGGACACUCCCCACUGCCUUCCUCCAUGUGAAAGUUUUGCCGAAGAAAAAGCAGAAAAAUCCAAGACACUCCUCCUAGAGAAGCCCACCUUCCCCGCAUUGGGUAGGACCCAUCAGGCCACUGGAGGUGAUGCUUUCCCUUUUUCUAUCAAGCCCUUGUGCUGGCUAGGUCCUUCCACCUGUAUCAGGAGAUGCUCUGGGACCCAUCAGCCCAGGACCUGGUGCCCUCGUCCUUCCCCGGGUAGAUGCCGCCUGUUCCACCCAUGCUCUCCUCAUUUCUCUCUGAUCUGAAAGAAAACACAGUAUUCCCAACAAAUUCCUGGAGAAAUCCUUGACAACAAAGGGCUGGGCAUACCUUCUGCUCUUCUAUGUGGGGAGCAGCAAAUUCAAACACGUCUGGGUUUCAUCAGGUCUCCAAAAAGCCCUUUUCUAAUUUGACGUGCAUACAGUUUUGGUCUUUGGCCCCAGAUCUGCUAGGGAAUAGGCCAGCUCCCGGGGCGUCACGUCUUAGGGGUCGCAGACCCUGUGUCCCGUAUGGAUCGCCCCUAGCAGCAGACAUCCUGCCCUCCUGCUCCAACAAUGACACAACUCGCCCCCUCCUGCCUCCUGUCAGGUAGGCUCUGACAUCAGUCUGGGCCAAACAUCUCCAAGGCUGGCCCCCUGGCCCCCCAGAUCUCCCCCAGAUCUCCACCACUUGGGCCUGGGGUCCCAACAGAAGGGGGAAAUCAGAGGACAGAAUCCUUUUGAAGUGGGAAAUACUCAGGAGCCCCUAAAGCAUGUGGGAGGUCACACAUACCAAUGAAUUCCUUUUUUCUUUUUAAACCCUGACCUUCUGUUCUAGAAUCAAUACCGUGUAUUGGUUCCAAGGCAGAAGAGCGGUAAGCGUUAAGCCAUGAGGGUGAAGUGACUUGCCCAGGGUCACAAGGUCUGAGGUCUGAUUUGAAUCUAGGACCUUCCCUCUCUAAGCCUUGCCCCUUAUCUACUGAGUCACCCAGCUGCCCCUGAAUCCCUAUUUUUCCAGUCAGUCUGCUAUGCAAGCAAAAAACGGUCCAGAUAUAGUGUGUGUGCCAUGCUGGAUGCAAAAUUGUCCACUUUCCUUGUUGUCUUUUCUGCUGUCUCAUUUCCAAACUCCCAUCGUAUUGGGGUGUAGUAGCCAGUCCCUUCAUCAGAGAACUCCCUCGCAGGCUAGGGGAGCUUGGAAAUGUGUGUCCAGCUAGCAGUGUGCCCCCCACCAGCCCCACGCAGGAGACCCUCAAGCCAGGCCCCCUGCUUUAAAAAAAGGUACAAUUUGGUUUGAAUGAUGCCUCUUGUUUUUACCUCACUCUCAUCUCUAGAAAAAUCGCUAUAUUUCUAUGACUCUCCACCCUCCCCACAACCCAAGAACAAACCCUCCCUGCUAACAACAACAUAAACAGCGACUCCACCACCCACAGCGACUGCCUCUGAUAAAGUCCCCACCACUGGGCCCCACAGUCCCCGAACCAAGAAAUCGCACUCUGCUCUUCCUGAUCUUUCCUCGCCUCUCAGCAUUUCUUCUGGCACAAUAAUAGUCCAUGCCAAGCCGGUGCCCCCCUGUUCAUCCAUCCUCCCAUCAACAGGCACCUUCUUUGUCUCCAGUUGGUUUGGUUUUUUGCUACCACAAAAAAGGGCUCCUAUAAAUACUCUGGUGUGUGAGACCCUUUUUUGUGUGGCUCUCCGACCUCCUCUAGGGUUAUGGGAUUGCUGGGUCAAAGGGUGACUUUUUCUUGAAUCAUCCAGAUCUAAUUCUCUAGUGAGAUUCUUUGGGGGAUGCCGGGUAACUCACUAGUUACCACCGGAUGCUUGAGUUGCAGGCAAUGUGUUGUCUGGGGACUGGCACAUGGAGCCAACCCGAGCCAUGCUCCGAGUGGCUUUGCCAGGCGAUGCCAUGAGCACCAGAGACAUUUCUGGGCUCACUGAUUGGCCUAUAUUCUCACUAAUGGAACAUCCCCUAGCAAUAUUCACACCCAGAGCAAGAAAGCAUUUCCCGCCCAUAACAUGUUCCCUUUGAGACCAGGAAAUGCACCAAAUUCACACUUGGAGGUAUGGGGAAAGUCAUAACCCAGUCACUAACAGUGGAAAGGAAUCCAGAGGCAAUAAAGACAUAAUUGUUUUUUCCGGAAA